CUUAUGUCAGUUUCAUAAUACAAACAUACUCAAAAUCAACGUGCUGUAGCUAGAAUAAAAUAAUGGAUUCAAGAAAAGACAUUUUGUUCCUGCAAGUUUCAUCAUCAGUUUCUAUGCCAAAUACUGUGGAAACAUCAGUUGAGAGCAUAAUAGUUUCAUUUAUUUUACAUUACUGUGAAUUGUCUACGUUAGAUCUAUGGCUUUUAGAAAAGUCACAUUCAUGUCCACAGUUCCUUUUGCCACUGAGUGCCUUGUCAGCCUGGACUGUGAAAAGAACAGAUGCCUCUGACAUGCCACAAGAGAUACAGAAUUGUCAGCUUCCUGCUAUUUGGUCAGCUGGUUCAAGGACUUGUAUAUCAGGAUUGUGUGCUGUAUUACGAUGGUCUUUAAAAACUCAAUUAAAAAUUGAAAGAUCAAGUAUCUGUAAAGAGCUUUUGGGUUUCAGAAGUGGUUGUCUUAUGUCUUGCUCAGAGACUUCAGUGUGGACAAAGUUCUGUGAAGUGGAAUUUCCAUUUGCGACAAAUAAUUUUCUGAAAGACUUCCUUAAAUCUCGACUUGGUGGAUCUUCAUUGUUAGUACUUCCUGUGGAGCUUGUGAGAUUAGAAACUCAUUUCAGAAAGCCAGUUAAAACUCAUAACAUCAGAAAACGAAAACAAGAUAUACUUAGAAAUGCUAAAGCAGAGAAAGAAGAAACAGAACAUUUUACUUCAUCAUUUAUUCAAAACUGUCAGAUCAAUGAAAAACGAAAAUCACUUACUCUGCUCGAAAAAAAAAAACUUUCCACCAAUGAUAAGAGAAUUACAGAAAAACAUGAUCUAGAAGAAAAUGAGUGGGAUUUAAAUCAUGUUUACACCGAAGGAAUAGACAUGACUCUGGCAGAUUUGGUACUUUUUCCUUGUGUACAUAUUAUUAGGAAUUUACUGAAGACUGAAAACGUCAGGAAAAAUUUUCCACUUAUAGAAGAGUGGUAUAACCGAUUACGACACAAUAAUUGUGUUAACAGAGCUACCGAGAUGUCCUUAAUGGAUAAUUCUGGUUUUGAAGAUAAGUUCAGUGACAUAAAAGAAACAUUUCAACUAAUUGUUCCUGAGGUUCCAGAGGAAAGCCUGUAUUCAAGGUAAUAAGACUCUGCUUUUGA